UAGGAGGUUACGUAAUUUUACAAAAAAAAAAAACACUCUCAGGUGAGGUCAGCAGCGGUGUUGGGGGGUUAAAAUUACUGUUGACAGGUGUAGAGGAGAGAACAUAAAACAAGAAAUAAUGGAAGUAAACAAAACGGUGCUAUGCGAGAGCCUUAUUAUUUGGUUAGAGACCUUCAACACCCCUUCACCAUGUAAGACUGUACAUGAUCUCACCAGUGGAGUGGCAAUGGCACAGGCUCUUCAUCAAAUAGACCCCUCCUGGUUUAAUGAAACAUGGCUGAGUCGUAUUAAAGAGGAUGUCGGUGACAACUGGAGACUGAAGGUGAACAACCUCAAGAAGGUCCUGCAGCUGCUCGUGGAUUAUUACAACGAGGUUCUGGCACAGCAGGUCUCGGAGGUUCUUUUCAGAUAUCAUGUCAGAGCUGUCUCCGUACAGGUUCUGGCACAGUUCUGGCACAGCAGGUCUCAGAGGUUCUUUUCAGAUAUCAUGUCAGAGCUGUCUCCGUACAGGUUCUGGCACAGCAGGUCUCAGAGGUUCUUUUCAGAUAUCAUGUCAGAGCUGUCUCCAUACAGGUUCUGGCACAGCAGGUCUCAGAGGUUCUUUUCAGAUAUUAUGUCAGAGCUGUCUCCGUACAGGUUCUGGCACAUAAAGCACUCUGUUAGCUGCAUGGCAGAUGUAAUGAGAUGUUUAAACUCACGCACAGAUUUUGUUUUUCCAGAAUACAUUCAGAUUAUCAUGACCUUGGAGGAAUCGGUACAGCAUGUUGUUAUGACAGCAAUUCAAGAGCUGAUGAGCAAGGAAGCCAUGGCUGCUUUUGGAACUGAAGUAUCAGGGGAUUGUGAGCAGCAGCUGAAGAAAGCUCUGGAGGAGCUGGCUGAAGCCUUAGCAGAGAAGGACGAGCUUGCUCAAAGGUGUCAGGAGUUAGACAUCCAGGUGGGUUUGCUACUCGAAGCAGCGAAGGACGAUUACCGAAUCCACUGCGAGGAGCUGGAGAAACAUUUGAUCGAGGUGCAACACCGCAAUGAUGAGCUGACGAGCCUGGCAGAGGAGUCCCGAGCCCUGAAGGACGAGCUUGACGUUCUGAGGAGCUGCUCUGACCGGGCAGUGAAGCUGGAGGCAUCAGUGGAGGGUUACAGGAAGAAGCUGGAGGAUUUGGCCGACCUGCGCAGGCAGGUGAAGUCUCUGGAGGAUAAGAACUUGACAUACAUGCAGAGCUCAUUGAGCCUGGAGGAGGAGCUGAGGAAAGCCAACGCAGCGCGGGCACAGCUGGAGACGUACAAGAGACAGGUUCACGAACUACACAAGAAGCUCUCGGACGAAUCAAGGCGGGCUGAUAAUUUGGCAUUUGAAAUGAAGCAGUUUGAAGAAAAGUAUGACACUUUGCUGAAAGAGAAGGAGAGGCUGAUCAUUGAGCGAGAUUCUCUUAAGGAAACAAACGAGGAGCUGAAAUGUGCACAGGUGCAGCAACACCAGUUAUUGCAAGCAGGCAUAAUUCCUGCUGGGAGUCCCAGUCAUGACACCUUUGCAGCUGAGAUUCUGCCUAUCGAGUACAGAGAGAAGUUCAUUCGCCUGCAGCAUGAGAACAAGAUGCUGCGCGUGCAGCAGGAGGGCUCUGAGAACGAGCGCAUCACAGCUCUGCAGGGGCAGCUCGAGGAAGCGCACCGCAGGAGGAGCGAGCUGGAAACAGAGAACAGGUUGAACCAGGAGCGGAUCUAUGAGUUGCAGCAGCAGGUAGAAGACCUCCAGAAAGCCCUGCAAGGACAAGGAGCUAAAACUGAGGAUUCCAACCUGAAGAGGAAAUUGGAUGCCCAUAUGGUACAACUUCACGAAGCAAAGGAUGAGAUAAUGAAGAAAAAAGAACUUAUUGAGGACCUUCAGCCUGAAAUUAUGCAGAGCUCACUGAAGACUGACGAGCUGCAGGCCGCACUGCAGAAGAAAGAUGAAGACAUGCGAGCGAUGGAGGACAGGUACAAAAUGUACCUGGAGAAGGCUCGCAACAUAAUACGAGCUCUGGAUCCUAAGCUAAAUCCAGCUUCGGCAGAGAUCCAGUCCCUUAAGAACCAGCUGACGGAGAAAGAGAAGAGGAUCCUCACCCUGGAGCAUGAAUGUGAACAAGCGAAACGACGAGAAUAUGAGGAGAAACUUCUAGUGACUGCUUGGUACAACAAGAGUGUGAGCUUCCAGAAGCUGGCAGUGGAGUCAAGACUGUCAGGGCGAGGAGGCAAUGGCAGUGGCAGUGUUACACCCGCGGGACAGUCUUUCUUAGCUCAGCAGCGGCAUGUUACCAGCUCCAGGAGAGCCCUCUCCGUGAUCGUGCCUGCAAACACCUCCAAGUAGGGCAGGCCUGGCUCGUGAAACCCAUCCACUCAGGUGCCCUUAAAUACAGCAAGAUCUCUCACGGGGACGGGACUGCAUUUACUGCUCCUGCCUGUUGUGUUGUUUGCUUGUGAAACAGAGCUUGACACUUCCUCCUCAAGUCCAGUCGUGGCCAGCAUCAGGUAUCUCUCAAGUCUGGUCUGUGUUGCUUGAUAUUUAUUUCACACAACUCAAUCCAGUGGCUGAGACAGUAACAGUGAUGAGCUGCAUUUCCUCUCUGCAUCUUGUGAUCAUUAGACUAUCGGGGGUAAUGUUAUGAGCUUGUGCUUUUUAUCUGCUUAAAUGUUGAAUGGUUAACUUAGAAGGUAAACAAUACUGGAAAUCCAAAUUUUAUACACAGUUUGCAGUAAAAUAAAAUUAAAAAUUAAAAAAAAAAAAAAAACUGAAACGAUAUACAUUAUAAUCCUAUGUCCCUUUUUGCAAAAAUAAAAAAAUAACAAAAUUAAAUAUAUUCCAAUGAUAUUAUUAUAUCAGCUAAGCUGAAUAAGUUGGUUCAAUAAAGAUGGCUAAAAUAAUGUUAAAUAAAUAAAAUAAUACAUUUUAGUAUUUGUAUACAUUGAGUAAAGCUCAAUGUAUACAAAGUGUUAUACAAAAAUAAAAAUGUUAGCUUUUCUCUUCUCCAUUUUAUAUAAAAUUUAAGUUUUCCUCCUUUUAUGUAAGCGAAUUCAGGUACGUGAUUUAUUGUUAAUAAAUGUGAAAUCUUUUUUUUUUUUUAGUUUACCACCUUCUAGUUUAUAGGUGGAAUAUGAACUCAACACACAUUUCCUAUAGCCUUUUAAUGGCAGAUCUGUACAAAAAAAAAUAUGAAAAGUUUAACCUUGCGGUUUCAUUUUUCUUUUGAAUGAAGAAGUGAUUCAGUAGCGAACCAGGGGGUGCUAGAGAUCUGUUUGUUGACAGUGAGACACUGGUCUGCAGUCUAUAAUAAUAUAGCAGUACUUUUUAUAAUAGGGAUAUCAAUGUGUGUUCAUUUCCUAUCAGAGUACUGUACACAUUGUCUUUAUUUUCCAACACUAAGCUAGUAAAAUUUGUACAAUAGUUUAUAUUGCAAGCAAAGCACUGCCAAAAAAAUAUACUCAAAAUCACUGAAUCACUGAAUCACCAGCACCGUUUAAACAAAUGGCAGCAAAUAACAGUGAGCAUGCCGUUUCUACUGUGGAAAACCAAACCAAAAAGCCUGUUUGUUUCUUAAGCAGUGGCGUGUCUUUGCAGUUUAUUUAGUGCAUAUUCAAAGCAUUUCAAGUGUCCUAAAAGUUCAUUUUGCCUAUGUUCUGAGGGCUAUUGAAAAGCCACGAGUUGGUGAACAAGUUAACUCUGCGCACGCACACACACACACAUUUGUGUCGUUUGGUGCUCAGAUGAAGCACCCUGUUUACGUCACGUUUGCACAAGGCUUCUAGAGGUGUUCCUGACUCUUCAAUACCACUGUUUACAUAAUAAUAAUAAUACAUUGACAUUAAAGUUGACUAUGUAUUAGCUCGCUGAAAUACCUUUCCUGCACACUUGAUUUGCAGAAGUUCAAGUCUAGUCAUCUGAUGUGUUUUGUUUGUUUUUACAUAUUAGAGCUGUGCAUUGUAUCUGUGUAAAUGAUAUGUCAUACUAAAUAAAUAAAUAAAUUCCUGAACAAAUAAAAAGAUUAUUAAAUAAAUAAAUACACAAAUAUAUGAAUAAAUGAAUAGAGUUUUUUCCAAGUGUCCCUCUUGUCCGUGUGGCUGGAUAUAGGGAUCAAUACCUUUUUGAAGUUUGAUGAUUCUGUAGUCUUCCUAGCAUGGUUUCAUUAGAAAAACAAUUGCCUACUGUUUAAAAAUAAAUAAUAAUAAUAAUAAUAAUAAUAAUAAUAAUAAUAAUAAUAAUAAUAAUAAUAAUAAUAAUAAUACAAAUGUGUGUGUGUGUGUGUUGUUUAUGCAGGAGUGCAGACUCGAUAAAGAAACUCCUAUACUGUGAGUUUGGUGAUGUGCAUUCUUUUUCAUAUUUUUUUUUUAGUAAGGGAGAACACUAACUGUUCUAAAAUAAAUGUAAAUUGAUGAUGGUAAAACUGACAUUCUGCAGUCCGUCCCCCCGACACACCUUUGUACAGGCAUCCUCGCUUUCAUAUGCUUUUAUGAACAGUACAGGCUUGCCACCAGGCUUUGUGUUACCUGUUGUGCAACUUGUUGCAUGUGAUUUAGUGCGUGGUGGAUUAUGCACUUUGUACUGCACUGCAGUCUCAUUGAAUACGCCUUUAUUUCUCUGAGGCUGGACUUUCAUAUCACUUUGAACUGCUCCUCUGAGCACCAUGCAGCGAUAUGUGGAUAGGACACUUGAUUUCAGGAAGGAUUGAGCUUUUGCAUUGCUUUAAUAUGUUGGUAGUGUCUUUUAGAAGGUCAACUUUGAAUCUUCUUUGUGUAUGUAAUGUGUGCAGUUUCUUAAUUGUACAGGAUUGCACACAUGGUGCUGUUUUGUGAAUUAAUUAUGGAUAGGAGGAUCAGUUUUAUUUUUAUUAUACCUUGAAUGAUGGGGAUUAAUAAAUUAAUUGACUGACACUUAGAAGGCUACUUUGGGAUUUUGUUUGUGAUGCUGCAGAAUACUAUGCAAACAAUUUUAUACAUAUAUAAUAGAAAAAAUGUGUCUCAUACUAAAUAAAUUCAGGAAAGAAAUAAGUACUUAAACUUUAAAAUGUCAUGGGUUUCGAAUUCCCCCAUCUUUCAAAACUAUUUAUAUCUGUUAUAUUAAAUGUUUUCUUACUGAAUGUUGUAUUUCUGCCGUUCAUGGAUCUACACUUGUCCUUAGGUCUGUGUUUUCUGAAUGAUUUUGAUUGGAGCUGGGGGGGGAAGGAGGGGUUGACACAAUUUUGCACUAGUUCUGGAUUUUUCAGGGGUUUUUAUUAUUGUAAAUCUGUAAGUCACAUUCAUUGCAAUAAAAUUGA